AUGGAUGUGCACGCAGGGGCGGGUCCGUUGCACGUGCAGACGGUGGAAAAGCCACCGGGAGGCGCCACGGUGACUGUCACCACCACACAGUGUCAGGUCGAAACGGUGGUGGGGCGUGACGCCGAGCUCAGCGAGGAAGCCCUACAGUCGGGCGCUGAGGCUCAAACACCGGCAGCGGUUGAUCCAAUCACAGAGAUCGAGAGCGAGGCUGGCGCGCGUGCAGAGGCGGACAGACCGCUGGAGGAGCAGAGAGCGGGGAAAUCGGAAACCGUGGGCUCCAGUUGCAGCAACGAGAGUUGCGUCCCGACCCCAGGCUGUCGGAUUUGCUUCCAAGGAGCCGAGCAGGGGGAGCUACUGAGCCCGUGCCGCUGUGCUGGUUCCGUUCGACAUGCCCAUCAGCAGUGUCUGCUCAAGUGGAUCAGUGAAAAGGGCUCCUGGAGCUGUGAAAUCUGUAACUACAGAUUCAACAUUCUGCCCAUACAUAUCAAGCCACCACUGCAGUGGCAGGCUGUCACCAUGACGCUGGUGGAGAAAGUGCAGUUCAUUGCAGUGUUGUUGGGUGGCAUCUUCCUAUUGACCAGUGUGUCGUGGCUGCUGUGGUCAGCACUGAGUCCUGAAGCACUAUGGCAACGAAGUGACGUUCUUUUUCAAAUAUGCUACGGCAUGUAUGCCGUAAUGGAUCUUGUAUGUAUUGGUCUGAUUAUUCAUGAAGGUGGUGCGGUGUACAAUGUGCUGAUGCGCUGGCGGGCAGUGAAUCUUCUUUGGGACAUUCAGAACUACGAUAAAAGCAGAGACCUGGACAGCACACACAGUCCACACCGUAACAUGUGGCUGCCUCUCACAAACACACAUACAGUCUCAUCACACUCACACACAACCCGAUUGGAGUCCUUGCCUCGGUGCCCCCUUCACCUCCUCUCCAUGUGCCUGAACACAACCUCUGACCUCUCCCCACAGGAGAAAGGCACAGGCAAGCUUGUUGUAAGGGUUUUUUCAGUCUGACUUCAAAUUAACUAAUUCAGGGACCAAUCCAC